AUGAAAGGACUUCUUAUUAAAAAAAUCGUUGAUUCCUCAAGGACCACAAAUGAGCCGGAACAGAACAAAUCUAGUGAAGAACAACAAAUGCUGGUGUCCCUUGAUGAGGAUUCUGUCUUCAAUUCAUUUUUAUCAGAGACCAAAUCUCAAAGUACAUCUAUUGGUAAAAUCCCAGAAAGCAAAGCUUUAAUAGAGCUGAGCCGUUAUAUCAAUGAAGGACUGAUUCCAUUGCAUGAAGAUCUUAUAAGAUGGUGGUAUGAAAAUCGUCGAGACUUUCCCUUUCUUGCAAAAGUAGCUGAGGAAUGCCUUUGCAUAACAGCAACAUCUGAUCCAUGA